UGCAUCAUCGUAGCCCCAGCACGCGCAUUUACACUCCGAGCUCCUACCAAAUCCGAGCUCGCGCACGCAAUCGGUUUACACUCCGGGUGGUGUCGAGAGACUCCGUUCCUCUUUGCUCCAAACAUUCGAGUCUGAGAUAGCCUCAACUUGAGACGUCACAUCUUGCCGAGAGCGACGCUUGUCCCUCGGUGAAAACUCCCUGACAGAGCAGGCAAAGCCAGGCGCGGCUUGGAGAGGAAGAAUGGCGGAUUCGAGCAGCACCGCAGCGGUCGGGGCCGCAGCCUCAGCCUCCAACAGCGCUACUGCUCCCGGGGCGGCUGGCACUGUUGCGCACGAUGGGGCGCCGGGAGCUGCGGGACAGAAACCCGCGUCCGAGUCUGUGAAGGGCCAGAUAUUCGACGUGGGCCCCCGCUACACUAACCUGUCUUACAUCGGGGAAGGGGCUUACGGAAUGGUGUGCUCUGCCCUGGACCACAUGACAAACCAGCGCGUAGCCAUCAAGAAAAUCAGCCCUUUUGAGCACCAGACGUACUGCCAGCGUACACUGAGGGAGAUCAAGAUCCUGCUGCGUUUCAACCAUGAGAACAUCAUCGGUAUCAACGACAUCUUAAGGGCUCGCCACAUCGACAAUAUGAGGGACGUUUACAUCGUGCAGACGCUGAUGGAGACGGACCUGUACAAGCUGCUCAAGAGCCAAAAGCUCAGCAACGACCACGUCUGCUAUUUCCUCUACCAGAUCUUGCGAGGACUCAAGUACAUCCACUCUGCCAACGUGUUGCACCGGGACCUCAAGCCCUCCAACCUGCUCAUCAAUACCACUUGCGACCUCAAGAUUUGUGAUUUUGGUCUGGCGCGCAUCGCAGACCCUGAGCACGACCACACAGGAUUCUUGACCGAGUAUGUGGCCACGCGUUGGUACAGGGCUCCAGAAAUCAUGCUCAACUCAAAGGGCUACUCUAAGUCCAUUGACAUCUGGUCAGUGGGCUGCAUCCUGGCUGAGAUGUUAUCAAACAAGCCCAUCUUCCCUGGGAAACAUUACCUGGAUCAGCUCAACCACAUUCUGGGUGUCCUGGGCUCUCCGUCCCAAGAAGAUCUGAACUGCAUCAUUAACAUGAAAGCCCGAAACUAUCUGCAGUCUCUACCGGAAAAACCCAAAAUUCCUUGGGAGAAGCUUUUCUGCAGGGGCGACUCAAAAGCUUUGGACCUGCUGGGCCGCAUGUUGACCUUUAACCCCAACAAGCGUAUCAGCGUUGAGGACGCGCUGGCUCAUCCUUAUCUGGAGCAGUACUACGAUCCCACAGAUGAGCCGGUGGCGGAGGAGCCCUUCACUUUCACCAUGGAGUUGGAUGACCUUCCCAAGGAGAAGCUGAAGGAACUCAUAUUUGAAGAGACGGCUCGCUUCCAGGAGACCUAUCAGGGCUCCUGAGGACACGCAGGUCAGUUCAAAAAGACGCAUUCACCCGAACGCACCAUUUCAUUGAAAAAAAGAAGGAAAAAAAAAUCUCAACUUGACUGGGUGAGUCUCUAAGGCACCUUCAGGGAGAUUCAGGGAAGUAAAAAAAAAAAAGAUUUGUCAGCUUGGGAUUCGUGAUCCUGAAAAGAAUUUGGGUGAUGAAAAUCUGGAUAAACCCCCAUUUUCUUUCCUUUCUUCUUUUUUCCUUCCUGUAGUCCAAAAGAGUGUCAACACCAACCACAGGCAUGACACCUGAAGACCGCCCCCCCUCCCCCGCCCCAAUAUGAUAUGCUUAAAUUCAAGAAAAUGCAUCCUCAAGAAUCCAAGGAAAAGAUACAAAAACUCAGAACAUUGGCUGCUUUCUUUCCAUUUCCACAGCGAGAAAGCUACUAAGCGUUGAGCUUUGAUUUGUGUGGGGCCGCCGUGCCUCUCUGCGCUUUACUCUCCCUGCUCCUUUCAAAACAUUCUUUUGUUUCCUGUGCCCUGGUUGGUCCAGCCCCCCCUGUCCCCCCUUCCAUCCUGAUCACCUCUCACGACCCAAUCGAUCGCUUCUUCUUCAUUGUUUUUUUUUUCUUCUCCCGUCUGGCCGCUCUUAUCAUAUAAACGACUAUUCCUUAUUAACCAACAUCAUUACUCUUGUCUUGCUACAUACAGUACAUGUACAUUUGAACUUGCAACUGAGGGCUAAAAGAUCGGGGGGUGCUUAAUAUGUGGGUUUAUGUACUUAAGAUACAAAAACUUAAAAAAAAAAAAAAAGCUAGUUUUCUUUUUUCUUUUUUUUAGUGAGCCCAUCACAGCUUUCAUUCGUACACAAUGCUUUGCUUUAAAAUCGGCUUACUUGUAUUUAUCUUCUCUGAUUCGCCUUUGUAAAUCAUUUUAAACCUUUGACCUUGCGGCCAAUGUUUUCACUGGCAUGUUUGCGGGGUUUGCGGGGGUGGGGGGGGUCUCUCUAAAUGCUCUUCAUAUGAAUGCAUGCAUUCCUGAAAUGUAACCAAAGUGGUUGAGAGAUGCAAGGAACUCGUGUAACAUUUCUGCAGCUACAGCUUAGACCAACGGCAAACGGAUUGGACCCCACCCUCUAUUUGCAACAAGUUAGUCCCACUAUGCUGUGGGUACUGGACUCAGUCAUAUUGCCAAGUCCCCCCCCCCCCCCUCCCCAAAGCUCCAGAAUACACUUGGAUGCUUUCUACAAUGUGCGCCCACUUGGUUGUUAUUCUGUUUUAGAGGUUGUAUGAGCAGGAAAAGCACAAAUGCUGCCACUGUACAGACGUAAGAUAACCGGUGAGACGCAUGCGUGGUUCAACUCCAAGUACCGGUUUUCCUCCACCGCUCACGACUAACACCGAGUAGCCACCGUGGCGUCCUGUUACCGCAUUACGACACUAUCUCAGUUGGCCGGCUUAACGCGAUCAUUCCUCACCUCCGUUACAAGGGAGCCUACGCGACUUAUAGUUUGGGAUUUUGAGCUUUCGGGUGGAAUUUCAGAAUGAACCUAAAAUGCAUUCUCAAUUUUUCUCGCCGUUCUCUAAAAAGGUAGCCGGAUGGCAAAACGGGACACAAAGUUCGCUCCAUGUGAAUGGGCCGGUAAAUAUCCUGGAUCAUUUUUAUAAUUGCUCUUUAAACGAUCCUCUCUAUCGUGCCGUUUUGACAUCGUCGGACCGAAUCGUCCUUGGAAAUGGAUUUAAGGUGCAUUGAAGGUUCAUCCUGGAAUUUACUCAACAAUCAAAAGUACUGUAUCCCUAACCUUAUGUGAGUAGUACCUACUGUAUAUCCUGGUAACUGCGCUGUUUUGACGUUUACACUGAACUGUCAGCGGGGGGCCAAAUGGAAACAAAAAUCUCAACGAAUGGGCUUUAAAUGGCAGAGUGGAAGUCAGGAAUUAUUUUCAGCUUUGAAUCAUUGAAAUAUGUGUGAGCGUGUAUUUGUGUGUAAAGUAGCUGUCGUUGGACUCCCCUACUGCCCCUCCCGAAAGCGGCGGCUCCUUGUGACAACUGAGGAAACUGCAUGUGACUUCCACCACCGAUGCCCACAUUGCCCUCAACCAAUCUUUAGUGUGUGUGUGUGUGUGUGUGUGUGUGUGUGCGCGCGCGUGUAGGUGUGUUCUUUUGUGCUCCCAUCUUUGCUCGUUUGUUGAUCCGGUUGCCAUAGUGACCAUGCCUCACUGCGCUUCGCUUACAAGCGACAUUGUUUCCCACGGACGGCUUUGUGCGCGUGUUAUUUCUGUGGCCUCUCUUUUCGGAUCAGUGUCAUGACUUAACUGCUGCUUGGUGGAGCGCCACCUAAGGGUCCAUCUCCGUAACUGCACAGGCAUUAAUGUCAAGAGAGCGGACCAACGUGUGCUCAGGUCCCGGCCCUGGACCACCUGCUGGCUUCAAGCCCCCCCCCCCCCCCCCCACACACUUUUAAAAAUGUUGUCCAAAGCUUCGCUGUUCUCUCAGAAGCCAUAGCCAGCACUAUGACUGUCCCUACAAUGGGUGUGAGGCUUUUUUUUUUUUUUUUGUGCACGUGUGGUGAAAUCUAUCCUUUUUUUUUUUUUUAAUUCGCCUUCCCAGCACUUGCCACGCUUUACUCAAAGGGCUGCCUCCGUCCCGUCCUCCCUGCGUGCACUUCUUUCCAGCCACGACUUCACUUUAGCCAUCCGCCGCUACUUCCUUCCACCAAUCACGUGACCCAAUCAGCACGUCUGCACUUUUUUUUUUCGUUUUGGUCGUCAGUCUUUCCCUCUGUGUCUGAUCCUGCUCGCGCAGCUUUAAAUCUGACGCUCUUGUGUAUGUGUAUCUUUAAUAUCAUUCAGCCAAUGUCUUUUUUUUUUUUUUUGGACAUGUUGGCUUGGAUGUCAUUCAUACAUGAGAGUAAUUUUUUUUUCAUCCAGCGCAAAGUGGGUCCGACAAAGAUAAUGUUUGUUUCAUUUGAUUAUACAUCAGCCACCGACCCUGCUUGUUUUUUUUUUUUUCUCUCGCUCUCUAAUGUGACAUCAGAUUAGGUCGCCAUGGUUUCCCAACCAAGAGGACCAGGUUUCGCAAUCGCACGCAAAUACACACUUAGACUGAGGAGUGUAUCUGAGUGUGUCUGUGAAAUGUGGCACUUGAACAUGCCAUACACGUUCACGCGGGAUUGAUGAGUCUAGUGGUCCGUCUGUCAUGUGGCCUGGUUCCAGAUAUUGUUGGUUUUAAAUGCUUGUUGUUAUUACUGUUGUUAUACUGGUGAGGUUUUUUUUUAAUUAAAAGGGAGUUAAAGUUGUAUCAUUUUUUUUAUAUAUAUAUCAUUUGAAUGUUUUUAUUUGUAUUUUUUUUCUUGCAAAUUUCUCAUAUGGGCGUGAUAAUUAUUGCCAGUCUUUUGAGUUUUUCUGAUUAGAUUUUUUUUUCUUCAACUUUAUAAGGAAUUAUUUUUAAAGGAAUUAUUUGUCAAUUGUCGAAGAGAUAUGAGUUAAGGGUUGUAGUAUGUAUAUUGUAUGGCUAUGAAUUAAAUGAUUAACAAAACAACCAAAUUAUAUUACAUAUGAUUGAAUAAAAAUGUCCUGAUACAGUUGCCGUUCUGGUUUGUUCUUCCUUUUUCCGUGUAUCCUUCAUCUGACUCCGUGUAGGUGAAAUUAGUUGACCUGAGAUCGUGUCUUUCUUAAUUUAUCAUUAAAUAGAAAUAUCGGGUGCCACAAAACAUUAUCGACGCAAAAAAUAAUGUGAAUAUUUUUUGUAAGUGCAGUUGUAUGUUCAUCAUGUCCACUUUUUUCCAAAAUAUUCCAAACAACAAAAUCACGUCUCUCGAUAACACCAGCGUGUUCUUUCUCCUAAAUUGAUAGUCUGUCUCUCUCGCUUGACGCCAUCUUGUUUUUCCAGCUGCGCCACUUUCACAUCCUUUUCUGCAACACGUCUCGGCACGCCACCGCCCUUUACCUCGGAAAUUCCCUCGCCUGCGUGGGAAUAAUCUGACGUCGCCAUUUCAAAUGAUUUAUGAGGCGUUGCUGCUUGAUUGAUUAUCACACGUACGGGAAAAAUAAUCCGGAUUUACACAAAGUCCGACGUUGCUAAUGUGGGAAAAUUGCUGGUCUUGUAUGAUUUUGGCGUGAAUAAGGCGCUCUAUGCUAUUGAAAACCAGGCUUGUUUUUCUUCAAAGUGCGUUUAGGAUGUUGUUCUAUUGUUGCUCACAUUCCAGCUUCUUGGUGGAAUGUCGUGCACUCUGCUUACCUGACUGCAUUUAUUGGGAGGGUGGGGGGGGAUGGUCGUACUCUUGCAUGCAGCAAAUCAAAAUUCACACAAAUUGAUUUUGCUUUUGUCGAUAGAUCGUAUCGUACGAUAUGCAAUCUCAAUGUAGUGCACGCCUUUUCAGAGUAAACAACUUCCUACUUGCAGACCGGAUAAAAAAAUAAAAUAAAAAUAAACAUUGAAAGUUUAUGUAAGUGGUACUUGCUAGUUGUUGUGGACAUUGCCCUGUUUUGAUCGUGAAGAGGGAAAGAAAACCAAAAAUGGUGCGAUACUCUUAAGAUGCCCUGUAAAAGAGAAAAUGGGCCGUCCCGGAUGAGGGAGAGGCUGUCGAGGUAAAGGUGAGCUGCAGGUCAGCUCUGGUGCUUCAUUAACUCCUUUUUACAGCUACGCUUUCCGCUAUCUUUGCAGCAAGACAAAGAAAGAUUGUACGGCGACAAUUGUGGAGCACUCACAGCAAUACCUGUCUGUCAAGAUUUUCUUAGGUGGGUCAAAGAGCAAGAGCAGCCAGGUAGUCUUCUCCUCAGCUUUUUGGAUCAGCCAGCUCUCUCUUGAACCGCACGUUUUCA